AAUGUGCUCUGAAGAAUGCUUCACAUGUUUCUUGCUUUCGUAGCCACGGGCGUGGCGUCACUGGUUAUGUCAGCGCGUGAUGACCUGUGCCGGGCGACCGUCGACCAGCAACACAAGGGGGACCGAGAUACCACCGGAGCAGUUACAAGUAUCCCUCUUUCCUCCCUCCCAUAAUCUAUCUGAUUUUGAGCCACGCUGGUAGCCCUCCUCUGCCACCGUGUUGCUCGAGCUCCUGGUGCACCCAGCAUGGAAGGAGCCAUCUCCAAGCCGCCAUACACGAGGAGGAUUGCCGUCGUCACCGGCGGGAACAAGGGAAUUGGUCUCGAGGUGUGCCGGCAACUGGCCAGCGACGGCGUCACGGUAGUUUUGACGGCCCGGGACGAGAAGAGGGGCGCGGAUGCCGUGGAGAAGCUCAAAGCGCUGGGGCUCUGCGACAUCCUGUUCCAUCAGCUGGAGAUCACGGACUCUUCGAGCAUUGCUGCACUGGCCGAUUUUCUCAAGACUCGUUUUGGGAGGCUAGACAUUCUGGUGAAUAAUGCCGCAGUCAGUGGGGUUGAGCACGUCCAAGAAGUCGAUACCAACGAGGAAAAGUUUAAUGGCAUGGAUCUCAACCAGAGGCUUGAAUGGGUGCUGAAAAACAUCCGGGAUACCGUCGACGGCGCGAAGAAAAGUAUCCAGACAAACUACUACGGUACGAAGCAUGUAAUCGAUACGUUGCUACCUCUGUUGCAAUCUUCUAACGGGGGAAGAAUUGCGAAUGUCACCUCCGCCUAUGGACUCCUAAGGGUAAGUUUUUUCCUUCCUCCACUGGUCAUGGAAUCCCAAAUCCCAGUAGACCAGUACUACCAUAUUCAAGGGAUUUUCUUCUAUGCGCAGCGUAUCAACAACGAGGAGAUCAGGCAGGAGCUUGACGACAUCGAAAAUCUGACCGAGGAGAGGCUGGACGAGCUCCUGGGCAAGUUUCUGAAAGACUUCGAGGCCGACGCGCUAGAGAUGCACGGGUGGCCCGUAGGGCUCGCGGCGUACAAGGUGGCCAAGGCCGCCAUGAACGCCUACUCGAGGAUCUUGGCGAGGAGGAACCGCGCGCUGCGCAUCAACUGCGUGCACCCGGGCUACGUGAAGACCGACAUGUCCAUGAGCUCGGGGGUGUUGACACCCGAGGAGGGCGCGCGUAGCGUCGUGAACGUGGCGCUGCUUCCUGAUGGCGGGCCCACCGGCGCGUACUUCGCCAUGGGUCAGGAGGCGUCAUUCGUGUGAGGUCGACACUGGGCCCAUACAUGCAUGGCCCGUUGGCCCGAUGACCCCCAGCUGGUUCGCCGCUCACUGUAUGGUUGAUCAUAAAUGCUGGUUUGAGAUCCCCCUAAAAAAAAAAGUGCUGGUUUGAGGUUGAGAAUAAGAAGUGGGAUUGGAGUUGUUCUUGUUUGAA